AUGUCCCAUUCCUUCAGGACCGCCCUGGUGGCGGCUUUAAUGGUAUUUGAAUGCGCUGCUCUGAAUUUCAUCCCUUCUCGUGAUGUGCCACCCGCCGUCUUUGGCUUGAAAAUUGAAAGAUCAGGACCAAGACACCUCAAUGCUCUCCGACGAAGAGACUCUGUGACCGUUGGUCUGGACAAUCAAGUGAGCGUAACGUCUGUCCGGCGCUUGAAGGAGGUGCUGACUACUACUUCCCUUCAGAUCAACUCAUACUCUGCCAAUCUUAGCUUAGGGACUCAGGAGCUGCGCGUCAGGAUAGACACCGGCAGCAGCGAUUUGUGGGUGAACACAAAAUCUUCUCGAGUGUGUUCGCUCGGAUCAGACCCCUGCUCCGAGUCAGGCACAUACAAUGCAAACUCCUCCAGCUCUUACAAAUUUCUUUCCGACGACUUCAACGUAACUUAUGCCGACGGGUCCGCAGCUCUUGGAGACUACGCAACGGACACUCUGAGUAUUGGUGAUAAGAACUUAGACGAAUUUCAGUUCGGCAUUGGCUACCAGUCUAGCACAACAUCAGGAAUUCUUGGUUUAGGAUACACCGCGAAUGAAGCUCAGGUCAAUCGCAACAACAAAAAGCCGUAUCCGAACCUGCCACAGGCUUUAGUUGACGCCAAGCUCAUAAAUUCAAAUGCCUACUCUUUAUGGCUUGAUGAUCUCCAAUCUAGCACUGGGUCGAUCCUGUUCGGUGGUGUAGACACCGAUAAGUAUACGGGAUCGUUGCAGACGUUGCCUAUUCAAAAGGUACAAGGAGAAUUUGCGGAGCUACUCCUUUCUAUUAGCGGCCUGAGCAUCUCCCAAAGUGGCAACAAUCAGAGUACCACUUCCGAUCUUCCAACUGCCGCAAUAUUAGAUAGUGGGAGUACUAUGACUUAUCUACCGGACGACCUAACGAGCGAAAUCUACAACGCGUUAAACGUCCAAUUCAGUCAACGCCAAGGCAGCGGCUUUUGUAGCUGUGACCUUGCAAAUGAAAACAUUACAGUCGGUUUCACCUUCACGUCACCGACAAUUUCGGUGCCUAUCAGCGAAUUGGUGAUCAAUCCCAACGAGGACAUAUCACAAGACCGUCUCGAGCUCGAAAAACGCCAGGGAUUAUCCAACCAGGACUCGCUUUGUAUCUUUGGUAUUGCACCCACAGGGGGGAUAUAG